UGCAGCCUGACCUUUGACUCUGAGAUAUUGCAGACAAGCCAAGCAGCAGGGAGAGAGCAGAAACACACUCUGAGCAGCCAGCAAUUGUGACGGGCUCACUGUUUUCACGGGAUCCUCUGUCCUGCUUGCGUUGAUUUUCUAAGCAGACGUCAUCGUGAUGGAGACACAGCAAACGGCUGGAAGUUUUCCUGCGCUGAGCCAAACCACUGUCACAGCAAGUAUAACAGGGGCUACCAUGGUAUCCAUGGAUACUAUGUCUCGCUUCCACGGGGAAGGAGUUCGCUACAAAGCCAAGCUGAUUGGCAUGGACCCAGUACCCGACGCCCUCGGAGAAAAGAUGUGCAGAGACUCCAUGAUGAAACUAAAGGGCUUUGAGGUAGCAGGAAGGAAACAGGGAAUCCACAAGAGGAGAAUUUGGUUGAAAAUUUCCUCCAGUGGCUUGAAAAUUCUGGAUGAAAGGACCGGGGCUGUUCUUCACGACCAUGAGAGGAGCAGGAUCAGCUCUUUGACCAAAGAUGAGUCUGACCCCAGAGCUCUGGCUUACAUCUACCAGCAUCAAGACAACUACAUCCUCUUCUACAUCAAGAUGGCUAACCUGGCACAUCCAGUGUUCCUCGACAUCCAGGAAGUUUGUCAGCAUGUGGACCGAGAGAUCUCGCAGCAGCCUGCAGAGACACCAACACAAGGCGCUUCUUUACUGGUUCUACACAAGAGCUCAGCAGCAGAGGAACCAGCUCUUGAAGAUCUGUUCAGCCCACGGCCAGAUGUUUCAUCACAGCAGACAAAGCAGCAGCCCUCAUCCACCAAUGAGCUGAUGGAAGUGUUUUCGACCCCACUGGGGGAGCCUCUGGCACAAACUCAGAUCCCAGAGCCUCCACAGCAACAGCAAGUGCUCUCCAGCUCGCAGAUUCUCUCUAUGUUCCCCACACAUCCUGUAGGUGGCUCUCCAUACUCAUCUCCCACAUACCCUCCAGCCAGCAUGCCUUGGGGCCAGCAGGUGCUUCCAGGAAACCAGUGGGCGGCCCCGUGGCCCACUGCGCCUGGCAACAUUUCACCAUGGGCACCACCAGGUGUCACAGUAGCCCCUACAUUAAGCCAGGCUCCCAGCAUGGCCAACCCUGUGCCCGGUUUCAUGAUGGGAGGAAACGCAGCCCCUACGCCCUCUGGUGUUAACAGCUACUCCACCCCUUUAAACUCCUUAAACUCCACCCCUAUAGGAACAACAGCAGCGCCACUGUCAGUGUCCUCACCCUUGGAGAACCCCUCCCUCCUUUGAAAUGAGUGUAGAAAUAUGAAUUUAUUGAGUUCAUGUUUUGUUUUUAGAAUUUUUAGUAAAAGAAAACACCACUACACACCUACAAUGAAGCUCUAAAUUAUAGCACCAAUAUUCUUAUAUCAUUCAUUUUCUUAUAUAUUUAACUACUUCAAGGGCUGCCAUGAGAUGAGAGGUGGAGAGGUUUCAAGUCCUUCACAGGGGCUAACAGAGAUAGACAGACAACAGUUCGUGCUCAUAUCCACACCUACGGCUGAUUUAGAGUCACCUGUAAACCUAAACCGACUCUAGAAGCCAGAGAGCCCAUAGAGAACCACACAGGCACGACCAUGAGCACGCAAACGCUACUCAGAAAGCCCCCAGACUGAGCCUGAAUCCUCUUGCUGUGAGCCAACAGUGUUGACUCAUUCGCCAAUAUUGUAAACUGAAGUACAGUUAUGGUACAAAGUUUACAUCCACUCAGCAUGGGCAUGAAUAUUGUGGUAAUUUGGAGGUUUUAAUCAUUUAUUUGAACAAGAAUUGCGUGCACAAGUUUGAAUUUAUUUUGGGGGUGGGUUUCAAAAAUAUACAUACACAACCAUUAAUAUUUGGUGAAACGUUCCUUAGCAGGUUGCACCUCAAUCAGACCCUUUUGGUAGCCAUCAUCAAGCAUUUGGCAUAAUUCUGACUGGACAUUUAACCAUUCUUCUUGGCAGAAUUCAUAGACUUCAGAGUUCAGUUAAUUUUGUUCGUUUCCUGGCAUGGAUCCACCUGUUGAGUGUAGUCCACAUAUUUUCAAUAGGGUUGAGGUCAGGGCUUUGGGAAGGUCAUUUAGUUAGCCUGCUUUAUCCAUUAGGAUCAUUAUCCUGUUGGAACAUCCAGUUGUGUCCAAGUUUCAAGCAUCUAACUGUUGAUUAGAGAUUAAUUUGAUGAGCUCAGAGGUAGUGCUUCUCCUUCAUUAUUCAAUCCACUUUGUGUAAUGUACCAGUACCAUUUGCAGCAAAACAGCCCCAGAGCAUGAUGCUACCACCACCAUGCUUGACAGCUGGUACAGUGUUAUUAGGCAAAAAAUCUCAAUCUUUGUCUCAUUUGACCAUAAAACUUUUCUCCAGAAAUUGUUUGACUUGUCCAUGUGGGCAACUGCAAAUUUCAGUUGAGGUUGAAGUUGCCAGUUUUGCAGCAGGAGCUUCUUUCUUGAUCAAUACCCUCUCAGACAGCAAUACUCACUUUACUGUGGACAGUGAUGCUGCUGUUCCAGACGUUUGCAGUUCAUGGCAGGCUUGAGCCUUUUCCUUUCAUCUGAGGGUGACAGUUUGGGUCUUCUUUAGACCUUCACAAAGGGAUGAUCCUGGGAUCAUCCCUUUGUGAAGGUCUAAAGAAGUUAGAAAUGCCCCAUUAAACGUCUGGAAUAGCCUUCAGAAAGCCCCGACUUUAAACGUCUUGAAAAGUUAUGGACUACUCUUAAAAUCCAGAUCUUUGAACUCUUGUAGCUCAACAUGGCAACAGCAAAUAAAGAAAUAAAUAUUACAAUACUAUUACUAACAUUAAUAAAAGCUUAAACAGACUAACAGACAAACUGUACAAUUUUUAUUUCUAAUGAAUAUGUAAUAAAAUGUUUGUGCUGAACAGUGAAAUCUGUCAAUAAAUGCUCAGAACUUCCAACUUUAUUUUUUCAUACAAAUCCUGUAGUCUGUAAAUUUAUGAGGACUUGAUGUUGAUCACUUACUAUGUUCAGUUUUUUAAACAGGACUUUUUGAAAUGGACUGUUUAACCAUUUGAUUUGUGAAAUUUGCUGAUAUCAAAUGAAUUCCGACUUUCUGUCUUGUUGAAAGGGAUUUUGGGGAAGUUUUUUCUCCUUCUAAAUCAGAGUUUGAGGAAGUCUAAUUUACACAAUAUAAAAUCUUUUUAAGAAACUUGUGGCUUCCUCAGAUUUUGGCUAUGAAAAGACGGCUGACUACAUGACGUGUACAAGAUGAAUAAAUGACAUAACGUACGAGGA